AUGUAUAGUUUGCAAUUUAUUUUAUUAUCUGGAAUGAUAACGAUAGCGAUUUGUUCAGUUUUACGUCCUAAAAUAUGGAUCUCAUUUAAUCAUUUGCCAACACUAUUAUCAUUGGUGUUAUUGGCAGCUGUAUACAUUUUUUAUGAUUUAAAUUGGAAACGGCGAUUUCUUCCACCAGGUCCAACUCCAUGGCUAUUUUUUGGCAAUAUUCUUCAUUUCAUUUUUUAUAAAUCUAUAGACGAUAUGUUCCUUACGUGGAAGCAGAAGUACGGUAAUUUGGUCACAUUUUGGAUUGGACCGAUACCAUUAGUAAUGGUUACGGACGUGGAAACAAUGCGCGAAUACUUUAUACGUAAUGCGGAAAUGUUCAGUAAUCGAUGGCGUAAUUACGCAACCGACUUCUUCAUGGGUGGUGCAAAUGGUAUAAUUCAAAUUGAUGGUGAUAAAUGGAAGCAGCAACGACGUUUUGUACUUCGAGUAUUACGAGAUUUUGGAGUUGGUAGGAUGUUGAUAGAAGAGAGAAUUAUGAAUGAAGUUGAAAUUUUCACAGAUUAUUUGGAAGCGAAAUGUACUGCGGAAGAAACGGAUAUAUGCGCAAUGCAUGCCGUUUGUGUUGGCAAUAUUAUCAAUAACAUACUAUUUGGUUAUCGUUUUUUACAGGGAAGUGAGGAAUUCAGUUUUUUGCAUAAAAUACUUGAUUCCCACUGUCGAUUGGUAAUGCAUCCUUUGAUGGGUCUGUAUAUAUCAUUACCGUUUACUACAAGGAUACCACUUGUGAAUUAUAAAUGGAGAAAAUUCAAGAAUCUUCGAGAUGAACUGUGGAAAUUCAUUUCCAGAGAAGUGCAGGUACACAUGAAGACAUUCAACAGCGAAGAACAACCAGAGAUCACAGAUUUUACAUAUGCGUAUCUUUCAGAAAUAGAUCGCAGAAAAAAGGCCGGUGAGCCAACUGAAUAUUUUAGCGAAUGGCAGUUAACAAUGCUACUAUUGGAUUUAUUUUUUGCUGGAAUGGAAACAACAGUGACAACAUUAAAAUGGGGAUUCCUUCUUUCAAUAAUUCAUCCUGAUGUACAAACGAAAGUUCAAAAUGAAUUGGAUGAAAUUGGAAGUCGAAUUACUCUUGCUGAUAAACCAAAAUGUUCAUAUACAAUGGCUACCAUUCAUGAAAUCCAACGUUUCGCUAAUAUUUUACCCAUCAAUUUAUUACGAACCGUAGCGGAAAAUGUUUUUAUGGGAAAAUAUUACUAUCCAGCUGGAACACUUUGUAUCCCACAAAUUUCCAUAGCAAUGAAUGAUCCAAUAAAUUUUGAAAAACCCAGGGAAUUCCGUCCAGAACGUUUUCUAGAAGAUGAUGGAUUCACUCUUAAAAAGUAUGAUGCAUUUUUUCCAUUUUCCAUCGGUAAACGACAAUGUCUGGGUGAAUCAUUAGCAAAAGCCGAGCUAUUCCUGAUUUAUGCCAACCUGAUGAGGCAUUACCGUUUUCGAACCGUGCCAAACAAACCGAAUCCUUCAACAAAACGACUCUUCGGUCUGACAACCUCACCACCUCCAUACAAAUGUAUUGUGGAAAGAAGGAUAGUUUAG